UCGUAAACGUCUGGUAAUCUCAUCGAGCCGUUUGUGUUUUGUUACUGAACGUCUCUGAAACAGAGCAAAAUGUCUAACGCUCUGUUGUUAGCAGAAGUUGGUUGGGACGCGGGUUUCGCCCUCCCUGUAGCAAAUGCAGAGAAUAAAGCAUUACAGGAGGAGCUUCAAAUGAAACAAAAGGAGCAAUUAAAUCUUGAGAACAAACUGAAUAAAUACAAAGAUGUUAUAAAUGCUUUGACUGAACAUCUCAAAAAUCUAAACCAAGAGCUUUCUCACACUCAGGCUUUGUGCAAAGCCAGAGAGAAGGAGACUGAAUCUGAGGAGCAUUUCAGAGCGCUGGCGGAGAGAGAGACAGGCCGCUUGAAGCAGGAGAUCACUGAGCUGGAGAAUCAACUGAAAACACUGAAUGAGAAGAAGAACGCACAAGAGAACAGCAUCUUUAAAGCCACUCAGAAGCUUGAGGAACUGAAGAGUCAGCUGAACUGGGACCAGCAGACCCUGGAGGCCUGGCUGCAGGAAUCAGCACACAAGGAUGAAGACACCAUGGCCAUCAUCAAGUACGCCAAGCAAGAUGAGAGCAGGAUUCGAGAGCUGACACUGACUAUUGAGAAGUUGACUCUUGAAGCCAACCAGAAGAGAAAGACCUUGAACAGUGAAAUCACUGAGUCGGUUACAGCACAGAUCGCUUUGGACAAGACAGCCGAGAGCUUUCGCCAGGCUCACGCUGAGAGGCAAGAGAUGAUCGACCAGUGGGAGAACACCAUUGAACAAAUGAGGAAAAGAGACCAGGAGAUACAGCAGUGUGCCAUGUUGCAAGCGGAGGUGAACCAAACGAUAAGAGAGAAGAAUGAUUUGGUCAAGGAGAGGAAGGACUUCAUGGAGCGUGAGAUAGAGAACAAUAAAGAGCUGGAGAGGAAUAUAGGCACGGCUGAACGUCAGGCGCUUCGACUCAGACAGCAUCUCCAGGAAGAGGAGAGGAACGAUAGACGUCUGCAGGAUGAGGUGGAGGUUCUGAAGGGAACUUUAGAACGAACGGCCACAGAUGUGGAGACCACCAGAUCUCAGCUAACCAGCAUGAAAAAGAACAUUCAGAACAAAACAGCAAAGGUUGAAGAGGUAAAGCUGCAUAUUGCUGCUCUGAAGGAGAAGCUGCUGGUGGUGAUGGAGGCAGUGCUGGAUGGUGAAGAGCAAGCAGCACAGAUGGAGCAACUGCACAAAGAACAGGAACAGAAUAUUAAAGAGAUCGAUGCUCAGCUGCUCCGGCAGAGGGAGCUCAUGUUCAGGAAGAGUCAGGAGUUGCAAGGGCUGCGUGAAAAAGAGAAGAACAUCACAGCUGAGAUCUGCGCCACCCGGGCCGCUCUCUCCAGCCUGGAGAGCAGACUCAGCAAACUGGACCAGAGCUUUCUCAAACAGCAGAUGAUCAUCUCCAACCAGGACUUUCAGAUCCAGAUGCUGGAGAGGAAGACUUUACACUUGCAGGGGAAGGUGAACACAAAGGAGAAGGAAGCUCUGGAGAAGAGGGCUUCUGAUCUGGCUGAAGCUCUAGAGGGGAAGAAGAGGACGGCCGCCACACUCAACACACAGCUGAAGAAACUCCAGGAUGAUAUCCGCUGCAUUAGGAAAGACGCAGAGAAGAGCGAAGCAGAGAAGAGAGAUCUGACCUCCAAGAUCCAGGAGCUGGAACUCUUCAUCGACAUCUCUGAGAAAGACCAGAAAAAACUCAGGCUCAAUAAACAGGACAGUAUGGUGGAGAAAGGUCUCCUGAAGAUGGAGGUUCAGCGGCUGAGAGACCUGCUGUAUGACAGAGCAGAUGGAGUGCUGACUCUGGAGAAGAGACGUCUACAGCUGCAAACGGCCAUGAAAGAGAGAGAGGAGGAGAUCCGUGUGUACCGAGAGAUGCUGGUUAAACAGGUCAAGCUCACCGAACAGGAGAGACAAGGGCUCAGUAAUGCGGUGAACGAGAGAAUGUUCAAAAUUGACAAGAUGAGGAAGAGGUAUGAGAUCCUGACUGUUUCCAUGGCUGCACCAGAGGGAGAGGAGGAUAAAUCCCAGGCCUACUUCAUCAUAAAGGCAGCUCAAGAGAAAGAAGAACUCCAGCGACAGGGGGAUGUUUUGGACGCCCAAAUCCGCAAGGCAGAGAAAGAGAUCCACGCUUUGGAGAACACCCUGCAAGUUGUCAGCAACUGCAAUACAACCUACCGCAAAACCCUGACCAAAGUCACUGAGUCCAGUCCCACACACCAGGAGAAACUCAAGCUGGAGGAGCAGAGACGAGCAGCCGAGGACAAAUACAAAUUUAAGAAACGGCAAAUCCGAGAACUGCAGGAGGAUGUUGAAAGCAUGUCCAGGACAUUGGAGGGUCUUCUUCAAGAGGAAGCCGAUCAGAACGAGAGCAUUGAGAGGAACCAAGCACAUGUUCUCUCUCUCAACAAAGACAUCCUCUCUCAGGAGGAGAAACUCAAUAGAGCCGCCAAACAGUGUGCCAAAUAUACCAGGGAAAUUCGGUCUGCUAAGAAGACCAAAGAGAAGACGUUUGAGGAACGCGACAUAGAGCUACGAGAACUCAGAGACUUCAAUAAAAGCCUAAAUAAGAUGCUCCUAGAAGCCAUAGAGGAGAAUUCUGACCUGGCAGCUACAGUGCAGAUACGUUUUAUGCAGGCUGGUCUGACUCUGCCCUCUCCUGCUUCCACUCCAUCCAGCCGUCUGAGCUCAAAGAUCAACUCAGCGCGCAGUUCUGCUUCACAUCGAUCCUCAAAUCUAUCGGCCUGCAGUAGUGCCAGAAGCCAUUCUGUCCCGUCCACCCCAGUGAAGACCGUGGAUCUGGGAUUGGGCCUCUCCGUCACGUCCCCGCAAGGAUCUCUGCCGUCCAGCGCUGCCAGCAGCAGCAGGAGCAGCAAGUGCAAGAGCCCUUAGACAGAUCCACUGGGAGGAACACUGUGUGUCUGUCAACCAGGAAGUGAUUGUUUUU